AUGUCGACCACGCACCUCGCUGGCGAGCCCCGCGAGCAGGACGACGAGCAGGGAAACGUGGCGGCUUCCAGUGCCUCGCCCAAACAGCACCAGAACGCCACGGAGGAUGCUGUUGGCGACGGCGGUGCUCUUCUCCCUCGCGACCCCACGAUCGACCACACCGGCAAGAGCAGCAAAAGCACCGCAACCAUCCCCACCAAGCGCAAGGCGAGCGAGCAAGUCGACUCCAGGUCUGACAAGGACGACUGGCCUGACGACGAUGAGGAAGACGAGCAAGAAGGCCAGGCAACCCAAGCCCUCCAAGCUCUCCACAUCAGCCACGAGGAGGAUGACUCUGACGAAGGUACGGCAAUGUCUCACGCAUCUCGAUCGACUAGGGUACUGACAGCCGCAGAUGGUAUCGACCCACUCCUGUUAGCCAUGGAGGGACACGCGGAGGCUUAUGCGCGCCUUGAACUGGCUGGUGACAUCCUGGUGUCGUACGGUAGCCCCGCGCGCGCUCCCUUUGCCGUCCAGAAGGUCAGUCAGACGGAGGCCGCAGACGCGUACCUUGUGUUUAUUGACCGCCGCGAUACCAUGCGCGCUGCGAAGUAG